AGCGUCAGAGUGGUCAUCUUACGACAUAACCUUGUUUAUAUAUAUUGGUAUUUAUCACCCUUGGAAGAUAAUUUUCAGUAGUAAUUCUUCAGAAAACUAGCAAUCAAAAUGAUAGCAUUCAACUUUUUAAAUCUAAUAACACUAACAAUUACAUUAUGGGCAACCAAAUGUCUAGCUAUGGAAUGGGCUUAUAAUUAUGAAAAUAUGGGGGAUCUUCCAGUAAUACAUGCCGAAAUGUAUGAUAUAGUUCUUAUCUCGAUGGAUAUGUGGACGUUUUGGGGUUUUAACUAUUUGAGAGCUAACUCUUAUGUACACAUCCGAAACUCUAAUUCGUUUCCUUGGCAUUAUAAUUGGAAUGACUUCUCCAUAAUGAUUCACGGGGAUCUUCAAAUUGAUCAAGAAGCAUUCCUUGUUAUAGACGAUAGUACUGAACAAGGAACUAAGGCAGAGCAUAAUUUUGAACUAGAUACUUUCAAUAAUUAUGGACAUAUGCAAGUAUUGGGUGCACAAACUCAUAAUAAUAUGAACGUGAAAUUCCUGGCUUUGCAAUUUGCGAAUAGCGGAACCAUGGCCUUCUACAAUAGAUUUGAUAGGAAUCUUAAUGGUGCUGUUACUUUCGAAAAUCCAUAUGGAAAUUAUCCAGCAUUUCAAUAUAAUAAUGAAGGAACUAUUUGUUUCCAGAAUAUUAUUAGCGUUCGUCAAGAAGUAAGUUUUGGAGGUCAGGGCUGUGUAAGAAUAGGUAAGAACACGAAUUAUAUUGUCAACAAUGUUGGCCCAUCGCAUACAUACUAUUUAGAAUCUGGUGCUUACUUGUAUUUUAACAACAAUGAACAAGGUACCCAGCAAGCAGUUUAUGGCUUAAAGCCUGGUAAUGAAUUGACAUUUAAUUAUGUAGGUUCCCAGUUCAACUGGUAUUAUUACCUUAAUAGAUUAUAUUUUUAUGAUAAUAAUGGUUACCAAGUCAUCUUUGAAGUUGGGAAUCUUGAACAGGAAGGUUUUGAAUUUUCAUUUCUUGGAAGUACCUGCCCUAAACUUACUGGUGGUGGGGGAUCAAUAUCCAAGCGACUUGCUAGUGAUUGUCUUUUGUCAGUUACAUAUAAUCGUGAGCCAUUAUAUGACGAAACUCCUCCUGCUUGUGAACCUUGCCCAGAACCAAGAGAAUUUGAUUCUAACUUUUUCGAUAUUAUGCUUAAAAAUCAAAGAGAACGUGAGUUCCAUGAAUAUUAUGAAGAAUGGAACGAAGAAGAUAACGGACAAUGGGUUACCAGAAGUGGAAUAGUAUAUGUUACUGCCGAUGAAGGGGGUAAACUCACCACCAGUACUUCUACAUUUCCUCACUUCACUGAAUACACUACUACUUUCACUACUACGGAAGACGAUGGAUCGUUUGUCACUGAAUCUGGAGUUGUAUUAAUUUCAACAGACCCUAACGGAGAACAGUACACAACCACAUCGAUUAUCCCACCACCAUACACCGAGUACACAACCACUUUCACCACCACCGAAGACGAUGGAUCUGUUGUCACUGAAUCUGGUGUUGUGUUAGUCACCACCAAUUCCGACAGAGAUCUCUACACAACCACUUCGAUUAUCCCACCACCAUACACCGAGUACACAACCACUUUCACCACCACCGAAGACGAUGGAUCUGUUGUCACUGAAUCUGGUGUUGUGUUAGUCACCACCAAUUCCGACAGAGAUCUCUACACAACCACUUCGAUUAUCCCACCACCAUACACCGAGUACACAACCACUUUCACCACCACCGAAGACGAUGGAUCUGUUGUCACUGAAUCUGGUGUUGUGUUAGUCACCACCAAUUCCGACAGAGAUCUCUACACAACCACUUCGAUUAUCCCACCACCAUACACCGAGUACACAACCACUUUCACCACCACCGAAGACGAUGGAUCUGUUGUCACUGAAUCUGGUGUUGUGUUAGUCACCACCAAUUCCGACAGAGAUCUCUACACAACCACUUCGAUUAUCCCACCACCAUACACCGAGUACACAACCACUUUCACCACCACCGAAGACGAUGGAUCUGUUGUCACUGAAUCUGGUGUUGUGUUAGUCACCACCAAUUCCGACAGAGAUCUCUACACAACCACUUCGAUUAUCCCACCACCAUACACCGAGUACACAACCACUUUCACCACCACCGAAGACGAUGGAUCUGUUGUCACUGAAUCUGGUGUUGUGUUAGUCACCACCAAUUCAGACAGAGAUCUCUACACAACCACUUCGAUUAUCCCACCACCAUACACCGAGUACACAACCACUUUCACCACCACCGAAGACGAUGGAUCUGUUGUCACUGAAUCUGGUGUUGUGUUAGUCACCACCAAUUCCGACAGAGAUCUCUACACAACCACUUCGAUUAUCCCACCACCAUACACCGAGUACACAACCACUUUCACCACCACCGAAGACGAUGGAUCUGUUGUCACUGAAUCUGGUGUUGUGUUAGUCACCACCAAUUCCGACAGAGAUCUCUACACAACCACUUCGAUUAUCCCACCACCAUACACCGAGUACACAACCACUUUCACCACCACCGAAGACGAUGGAUCUGUUGUCACUGAAUCUGGUGUUGUGUUAGUCACCACCAAUUCCGACAGAGAUCUCUACACAACCACUUCGAUUAUCCCACCACCAUACACCGAGUACACAACCACUUUCACCACCACCGAAGACGAUGGAUCUGUUGUCACUGAAUCUGGUGUUGUGUUAGUCACCACCAAUUCCGACAGAGAUCUCUACACAACCACUUCGAUUAUCCCACCACCAUACACCGAGUACACAACCACUUUCACCACCACCGAAGACGAUGGAUCUGUUGUCACUGAAUCUGGUGUUGUGUUAGUCACCACCAAUUCCGACAGAGAUCUCUACACAACCACUUCGAUUAUCCCACCACCAUACACCGAGUACACAACCACUUUCACCACCACCGAAGACGAUGGAUCUGUUGUCACUGAAUCUGGUGUUGUGUUAGUCACCACCAAUUCCGACAGAGAUCUCUACACAACCACUUCGAUUAUCCCACCACCAUACACCGAGUACACAACCACUUUCACCACCACCGAAGACGAUGGAUCUGUUGUCACUGAAUCUGGUGUUGUGUUAGUCACCACCAAUUCAGACAGAGAUCUCUACACAACCACUUCCAUGUUCGAAAGACCAACAAGUUCGUAUAUGAGUUCAUUUGGUGAUGGAAUUUCAAGUUCGGAAGCAGCACCUGAAGAUUCAACAUCAUCAAUGUUAACAUCACAAGUGGUUUCUACAACUGACGUCAUUCAAGAAAUUUCUUCCGAAGAAGUUAGCAGUAGUUCUACUUAUAGUUCCUUUGUAACAUCUGUCGAGACAUCUAUUGAAUAUGAUCCUGAAACAUCUGUUGAAUAUGAUCCUGCAACAUCUGUUGAAGAUGAUUCCGAAACAUCGAGCAGCCAUUUAACUGAGAGAACAACUUCGUUGGUUUCUGAUUAUCCAGAAGCAUCUUCGUUCAGUUCUUUGUCUUCUGGUUACUUGUGGCAAAAUUCAUCUGCACCAGCAUAUUCAACUGUGGUGGAACCAUCAGAUUCUGAUGUUCCAUUAACCACAGGAACACCAUUGCAAUCCACCCAAAUUGUCAGCAGUUCUACAGUCAAUUUCCCUACAACCACUAUUACAUCCCACCCUCCACACUUAACGACUUCCACUACCACAGAAGUUUAUUCUGAAUGGACUAUCACAACGGUCAUUAUCGUUACAAAUCCUGAUGGAACUGUGCAGACCAAGACGGCUGUAAUAAUCGACCCAACCGACUCAGAUGGUAAUUGGUAUACUAUUACAUCUUGGUUAGAAGAUGCUGAAGAAACCAGUUCUUCCGAAUUACACUCAGAUUGGUCUUAUACUACUACCAUUGUAAUUACCGAACCAGAUGGAAGCGUUGAGACAAAGACUGCUAUAGUUGUUGAUCCUCAAAACUCAGAAGGUGAUUGGUACACUUAUACUUCAUUCUUAGACGAUACUGAAACUACCACUGAAUCUACAGAAACAACACUUGUCCAACAACCAUCAACAAUUCACAUGGAAUCAGAUCUUGUUUCUUCUGAAUUGCACUCAGACUGGUCUUACACUACUACCAUUGUAAUUACCGAACCAGAUGGAAGUGUUGAGACAAAGACUGCUAUAGUUGUUGAUCCUCAAAACUCAGAAGGUGAUUGGUACACUUAUACUUCAUUCUUAGACGAUAAUGAAGCAACAACCGAACCAAAUACUGGAGCUACCGAAGUGUAUGAUCAUCCUACUAGUACUAUUACUACCACUUGGUCAGGGACUUUCGUUACUACUAUGACAUUCCCAGGUGAUGAUAUCGACACAGUUAUCAUUGCUACUCCUGUUGAUACUGUGACUAUUACGCAAACUUGGACUGGUAGUGAGCCAACAACUUCUACAAUCAAAGGUCAAUUUACUGACACCAUUGUUGUUUCAAUUCCAAGCAAUGUAGGAGAGGACAACCAAAGCAAUGAAGAUGAAGAUAAUACCACAAAUGAAACUUUCGUCGUCACUGAAUAUAUCACCACAUACAUUAGUGAAUUAGGUGAUGGAUCCAUGACAACUGCAAGUGCAAACGUUGUUGUAUCACUGAAUGAUGAAGGACAGUUGUUCACAUCUUCUUCAGUAUUACCAUUUGUUACGACUUACACAACCACUGUUGUUGUCACAUUAGAAGGUCAACAAGCCACCACAGAUGUAUAUGAGGUUGUGAUUUCAUCGGACAAUCAAGGAACUGCUUCAACCAACACCAGACCUGUAGCCGAUGUUAUAGCUACUGAUGGAGCCACACCUGAAUAUGAAGGUUCCAAUCAAGGAAACACAGAUCAAGGAAACACAGAUCAAGGAAACACAGAUCAAGGAAACACAGAUCAAGGAAACACAGAUCAAGGAAACACAGUUCAAGGAAACACAGAUCAAGGAAACACAGAUCAAGGAAACACAGAUCAAGGAAACACCAAUCAAGGAAAUACCAAUCAAGGAAACACCAAUGAAAGUUCUGGUAAUCAAGCAACUGAACAAAGUUCAAAUGAUGAAGGAAACUUUAACCAAGGGACUCCUGUUGAGUUAGGUGUAGCCAAUGAAGUAAAUGCUAAUCAAGAUAUUUCUAAUGGAAACAUUGCCAACCAAGGUGCUGAAGGUCAAGGAAGCUUAAACCAAGGUUUAGAAGAUGAAGUUGAUGAAGAGAUAAUUUACCAAGGAAAUACCAAUCAAGGUGAAUCAAAUAGUGAUGCCACUGGUAUUGCUCCUGAUAAUGUUGUCGGCAACGAAGGUGUAGUUGCUGAUGAAGUUAUUGCAAAUGGUGAAGGUGCCAAUGUAGAAGCUAAUGUUGAAGGUGCCAAUGUUGAAGGUGCCAAUGUUGAGGGUGCCAAUGUUGAAGGUGCUAAUUUUGAAGCUAAUGUUGAAGGUGCCAAUGUUGAAGGUGCCAAUGUUGAAGGUGCCAAUGUUGAAGGUGCCAAUGUUGAAGGUGCCAAUGGUCUUGCCAAUGGUGAAGCUGACGUCGAAUCUAACGUUGUGAGUAACGUUGAAGCUAAUGGUGAAGGUUCCAAUGGUGUUGCCAAUGGUGAAAGUUCUACUGGAGGAAUUGAAGAUGAAGUAGUUAUAGUACCUGAAAAUGAACAUUUGGAUGGUUCUUUAACCACAAUGAAUGGCGAAUCAGUAGCACCAACUUCAAUUGAUUAUUUUGCAACCAUUGCUACAGUCAACCCUGAAUCACACAAUGAUCAUGAAGGAUCACACAGAGCUCCUCCCGUAGAAGAUUUUGUUAUUGGUUCUACUCAUGAAGUUGAAGAAUUUGUCAAUAAAGCAAGUUCUAUGGAAUAUCCGAUGUAUUUAAGUUUUAUUUCUUCUUUGUUUAUAAUGUUAUUAAUUUAGUAAGCUAGAUUCCUCAAGAAUCUUUCGCUUAUUAAAUGCUACGUUUGAUUUUAUAUUGUUUGCAUAUUUUUAAUGAUACCAAUGAUAGAUAUUUAUUUUAUGUUUUUUCUUGUAGUUCUUCGUACUGCUUCUCAAAUGGUUGCAGCAAAAUCUGCAGCCUUGUUGGCGAGUUUGUUUUUGAUUUAGAUACCGUAUUCCUUGAAAGUCAAGUGCUUUGACAGUUAGCUGAAUCUAUCUGGAUUUGCAAAUACGGAACUUCAGUUAUGCCGAGCCAAUCAUAUUAAUACUUGGCUCUCUCAUAAAUCGAGUUUCAUAUUUGUAUAUUUGUGUAUUUGUAUAACUUACUUAUUCUUUAUAAUUACACGAAGUACAAUUUAGUGACCUUUU